GUUAUCCUUAGCAUCAUUCGUUGAGAACACGUUCUGCAGUAAAGAUUGUUUCAAAAUGGCAUUCAAAUUUGUUCUGUUGGCCACGUUGGUCGCUGCUGCCAGCGCUGGAUUGAUUCCUGAGCAUGGAUAUGCUUCCUCUCACCAGACCAUUCAGCAUCAUCAUUCCACUCCGGUUCAUCAUGUGGCAGCUGUUCAUGCCGCUCCAGUUCAUCAUGUGGCCGCCAUUCAUGCUGCUCCUGUCCAUCACACCAUCGUGAAGGAAGUUGAGCAUCACGCCCCAGCCAACUAUGAAUUCUCUUACUCUGUCCAUGAUGAACACACUGGAGAUAUAAAGAGCCAGCACGAGACCCGCCACGGAGAUGAAGUGCACGGACAGUACAGUCUGCUGGAUUCCGAUGGCCACCAGCGCAUCGUUGACUAUCACGCCGAUCAUCACUCCGGAUUCAAUGCUGUUGUCCGUCGUGAGCCGACUCAUGUCAAGAUUGCCCAGCCAGUGCACAAGGUCAUCGCCCAGCCAGUUCAUGUUGCUGCUUUUUCGCAUCACCACGCUGCCCCAGUCCAUCAUGUUGCUCCAGUUGCCCAUUACUCGCACAUUGCCGCUCCAGUUGCACACAGUGCCGUUCAGACCCAUCAUGGUCUGUCUCAUUAUAGCUCUGGACAUCAUUACUAGGAGAUGCUUCUCGUGUAAAGCAAUUGAUCUGACAUCUUCUUAUGUAAUGAAAUAGGCAAUUGAUUCUGCUCUCUUAUAGUACAAAUAUAUUGGUUUGUCUUAGUUAAA